UUCUGGCUGGCUCCGGGGGCGCCUCGGGGCUGGGGUGGUAGGAGGCUGCUGGUUACGGUUAAAAACUGCAAGGUGAGGCCUGCCGCACCUCUUCCUUGUGUGCUUGUUUUUUUUCCUUAGGAGGAGUUUGAAGUAAUGAGCCCGCUAGAGGGCACCAGCCACCGAGCGAAGCUUAGGUGAUGCUGUGAGCACAUGAGUGGUGGGAGAGCACUCUUGGCUGCCUCUGUAAUUUCCAUCCAGAACUCCUGCUUCAUCUAUCCUGCUUGUCAAAGCUGCUUUUCUAGGCUGAUACUGGAUUCUAGGAGGUUUAACUGUCUAAAAUGUGGCUGCACAGGUGAAGCUACAGAGGCAAGCUACAGAUAUAGAUUGUCCCUAAAGAUUGCUGACACUAAUGAUUUGUUUGACAUUACUGUGUUUGGAAGCUGCUUAGAUCCAUUUUUUGGAGUCACCGCAGGAAACUUGCAGAGGUAUAUUCAAGACUUUAAUCAGCUGUCAGGAGAAACAAACAAAGAUGCGUCUCCAGGAGAGUUAGUUCAAGCAGUUGAAACCUGUUUCAUUGGGAAAAGAUUUAUAUUUGGAGUGAAGAUCCAAAACACUCUGCAUCAUUGCAACAAGCAAAGCACCUCUCGCUAUGAUGCCCUUUAUAGCCCUUGCCAGUGCUUAUUUCCUGGAGAGUACUGGCUUGCGACCGACUGUUUCCUGUUCUCUUCCCUGCAGAUCCUGACAAAAAGGUUGUGUGAGUCAAGAUGGAGGGCAUUCUGUUGCCAGCAGCAUCUUGCAAAACUCUUCUAAAAUUAAUAGAGGUACAAAAAACCUUACAGCUUGCCAGAUCUUCCUGCCAAACACUGCUGUCACUGGCUUUACUGUUAUCAGCUACUUCCAUCGG